UCAAAAUAAUCAGCUGUUUGCUGUAGUAUCAUUCUUAGCAUUUUCUAAUUAGAAUUAUUAAUUUAUGAAACGUCAACGAUAACACACCAAUUCAUUUGCAAAUUUACGUGUAUAAAUAGAAAGGUAUCGCCGCAAAGUAAAGUCAAGCUUGGCGGACAGCAGCAGAAGCAGCAGCAUGGAGUUUGAAUUUAAGGAUAAUGACAGCAGCAACAGCAGCGGCGACGGCGGCAAUGUGGAACUAAAUCUGAAUCAACGCUAUCGACAUGCUGGCGAUCUGACUGGCGAAGCUCCAACGCGACCUUUUUCCGAGAUUACCAUAAAGGUGCCGUGGGGCCACAUUGCGGGCAAAUGGUAUGGGCCACAAAAUGUACAGCCAAUACUCGGUCUACAUGGGUGGCAAGAUAAUGCCGGCACAUUUGAUUUGCUGGUGCCGUUGCUAUCUCCGGACGUGGCGUUUUUGUCAGUGGAUUUACCGGGGCACGGCCUGUCUUCGCGGCUGCCAGAUGGUUGCUAUUAUAAUUCCGUGGAUAAUCUGUAUGUGAUAAGGCUUAUCAUGAAGCAAUACAAAUGGGAGAAGGUCUCACUCGUUGGCCAUUCCAUGUCAUCAAUCAUAUGCUUUGUGUUUGCUGCCGUCUUUCCCGAUAAAGUCGAUAUGAUCAUUGGCAUUGAUGCCUUGAAACCACAUCAACGUCCCUAUCCAUCCGUUAUUCGCACCAUGGAAACGCGUCUCGAUGAAUUUCUUCGCGAGGAUGAACGUAAUCGGAGUAAAAAUGAGCCGCCCAGCUACACGUACGACGAACUCAUCGAGCGCGUCUACAUCGGCACCUUUCAUUCCGUCAACAAGGAGCUUUGCAAGCAUAUGCUGGCGAGAAACAUUCAAAAGUCGGGCAAAUACCCGGACAAGUAUUUCUUCUGUCGCGAUCGUCGUCUGAAGUUCUACAAUUAUGCGAUCGGUUCACAGGAAUUGUGCGUGGAAAUGGCCCAGCGCAUCACUUGUCCAUAUCUAUUCAUCAAGGGUCUGCAAUCAUCGUAUUUCGAGGACAAGAAGUACUACGAUGAAGUUAUGGAAGUGUUGAUCAAGAAGCCGAACUUUGAGUAUGUCGAAGCGAAUGGCUCUCAUCAUCUGCACAUGAACAAUCCGGAGGCCAUUAUUGGUCCGGUCAAUAACUUCAUACAACGCUUUGGGCCAGCAGCCGCUGCCGCUGCGCGUCGACAGGCCAAGGAGGCUGCACAAAACAAGCUGUAGGAAGCGAUAUCAUUCACAGCUUACUGCAAUGCUUCAGUAUACAAAUCCAUAGUCACAGGGGGCCUAUUUAUUGUUGCGCAUCAGCGAUUCUGGGUAUCGAUGCAACAACUCUUUAUUUUUAUACAUUACUUAAUUGUUGAUUUUUACUGUUAAAGGACAGAGUCUGUGUCUCUGUCAAAAUUACUUAUGUACAAUGUGCCUUUAUAUACAAAAAAUUACAAAUAUAUGUAUAUACAUAUUUAUGUAUGUAAUCA